CCGUAGAAGCCAUUUCUGAAGAGAGAGAGAGAGCGGUAACAAUAUUCCGCCAUUUUCGUCUUCCUCCAAGCACCUUUCACAGCUUCACCAAUCGAUUCUCCUCCCUUGCAUUUCUAUCUCCUCUCCCAAUUCUCCCCUUUUCCAAAUCCCCUCUUCUUCCUCAUGACUCCAGCUUUCUCCUCUUCCUCUGCCGCCUCCCAGCGUCUUAUCCGCUGCAGCGCUUCUCCCCGUCGCACCCACGCCCCUCACCGACCUUCCUCGAUGUCUCCGCCACUCAGGAAGCUGAAGUCAAUGACGGAAAUAAUGGCUAAGGCUAAGCAUGUGGUUCUCGAACGGGAAGAUUAUGAUGAUGUCAGCUGUGAGGAAUGUGGCUCCGGUGACCGGGAUGAUGAGCUGCUAUUGUGUGAUAAAUGUGAUAAGGGAUUUCAUAUGAAAUGUGUUAGUCCGAUCGUUGUUAGGGUCCCGAUUGGAUCCUGGCUUUGCCCCAAAUGCUCUGGCCAAAGAAGAGUAAGAAGCUUUUCUCAGAAGAAGAUUAUCGAUUUUUUCAGAAUUCAGAAAUGUAAGGACGACGGAGAUGUUCUUUAUCUGUCUGCUCAAGCUAUAAAGCGUAGGAGACGAUUACGGUCAUUGGUGUGGCAGAAGAAAAGGAGAAGAUUGCUACCAUUUCUUCCAAGUGAAGAUCCUGAUCGCAGAUUGAAACAGAUGGGUUCACUUGCUACAGCUUUAACAACAUUGCAAAUGGAGUUUAGUGAUGAUUUGACUUAUGGGCCGGGCAUGGCUUCGAGGUCUGCGAAUCAGGCAGAGUUUGAAGAUGGUGGAAUGCAGGUUCUUUCGAAAGAGGAUGCUGAGACCUUGGAACUCUGCAGAGCCAUGAACAGAAGAGGCGAAUGCCCUCCCCUUUUGGUUGUUUUUGAUUCAUGUGAAGGUUUCACAGUAGAAGCUGAUGAUCAAAUUAAGGAUAUGACGUUUAUCGCUGAAUAUACUGGUGAUGUGGACUAUCUUAAGAACCGUGAACACGAUGAUUGUGAUAGUAUGAUGACCCUUCUUUCAGUAAAAGAUCCAUCUAGAAGUCUUGUCAUAUGCCCUGACACGCGAGGGAACAUCGCUCGGUUUAUUAAUGGAAUAAAUAAUCAUUCUCCAGAAGGUAAGAAGAAACAGAACUGUAAAUGUGUGAGAUACAAUGUAAACGGCGAAUGCCGGGUCAUUUUGGUUGCUAUUCGGGAUAUUGCUAAAGGGGAGAGGCUUUAUUAUGACUACAAUGGAUAUGAGUAUGAGUACCCUACCCAUCAUUUCGUUUGAUAAUUUCUUAGAUUACUUCUAACAAAUUUGGGAUUUGAUUUGUCCCAUACAAUUUUUUUCCAUUCUUUCUGCUGAAUCUUGUUACAAAGUCAACAGUUUUUGCUGAUUCCAUCAGAGUAAUUCUUAUAGCAUUUCCUUGGCCGAGCUCAGCCGAGGCCACGAUCGAUGCCGGGAGGAGGAGGGUGGGGUAGAAAUGCAGAUUUUUUCCCGAGUUUUGGUAGGUAGCGUAGGACAAAACUCCGGUUCUAGAAGUUCGUCUAUUAGGUAUAUGUAUUGUAAUACAGUUCUGAGAUCAAUUGUUUUCAAUUUUAAAGCAAAAGUUAUACUUAUUCCCUUCCUA